CGGCGCCAGAGCUCCUGUGGACAGAGGGAAGCGGCAGCAGCGUCACAAGUAGCAGUGCUGCAUCGAGAUCUUUCCAUUUCAUCUCAAACAAGAGUCCGAAAGAUCUGCGCUCCUCUCCUGUGCGUCAUCGACCUCAACGGCUUGUGCAUUCAUCCAUCCAUCUAAGCAGACAGAAGCGCUGGGCAAUUCCCCGUUGACACAUACCUGACAUGGUGCAGAUGAAGAGAUACGACUCCUUCAAAAGGUGAAGAACUUGCAGACAGACAGACAAGUGACGUAGACGGACAUCUUUUGCCUGUGUGUGUUUGCGUGUGAUGCAGCCGACGGUUCCGUGUGUUGGUGAGUGACAGCAUCGACAAUGCUGGCAUCGACAUCCUCUCCACCGUGGCCGACGUCGACGUCAAGACCAAACUCACUGAGGACCAAAUAUGCGAAAUCAUCCCAGAAUACGACGCCAUGAUGGUACACAGACACACAGACACACACAUGCCCACCGAUAUGGUGUGUUGACUGACAGGUGCGUAGCGGCACCAAGGUGACAGAGAAGAUCAUCCGUUCGAGCAAGAAGCUCAAGAUCAUCGGCCGGGCCGGCGUGGGCGUCGACAAUGUCAACGUCAAGGCCGCCACCGACACCGGCAUCUUCGUCGUCAACUCGCCUCUCGGCAACACGUACGGUGGACCUCUCUCACUCUCUCACCCACACAGACAAGACACACAUGCCACAUGCAUCUCCAUGCAUCUCUGCUGCAUCUGUCUGUGUCUGUCUGUCUGUGGUCACUCACAUCACGUCAGUGUGGCAGCCGCCGAGCACACCUUGGCGCUGCUGAUGGCGUUGAGUCGCAACAUCGCCCCGGCUGACGCGUCGAUGCGCGCACUCAAGUGGGAGCGCAACAAGUUCAUGGGCAGCCAGCUGCAGGGCAAGAUUCUCGGCAUCGUCGGGCUCGGACAGGUGAGGGAUGGUGUCUGUGCGCGAGGGUGUGAGGAUCUGGGCGCAUGUGAGAAGAAGAUGUGUGGUCUGUUUGUGUGUCAGGUUGGCAGCCACGUUGCCAAGGUGGCCCGUGAGAUGGGCAUGAAGCUCCUCACCUUCGACCCAUAUGUCAACGAAGCAAAGGUGCCACACACACACACACAACCAUCACACAGCCCGAUCUCUCCCUCUCGUCUGUGUGUGUGUCUUGCGUGUCUUCCAUUAAACAGGCGGCCUCCCUUGACUGCCAGAUCGUGACCCUUGAGGAGCUCUACAAAAUGAGCGACUACAUCACGCUCCACGUGCCGCUCAUCCCCGAGACCAAACACAUGAUCAACGCCGACACCAUCAAGACCAUGAAGCGCACAUGCCGCAUCAUCAACGCGUCGCGCGGGGGGGUCAUCGACGAGAAGGCACUGGUUGAGGCACUCAAGGAGGGACGACUGGCCGGAGCCGCGAUGGGUGUGUGGGGAGGGAGGGAGGGAGGGAGGGAGGGAGAGAGGGAGGGAGGGAGGGAGAGGUGAAUGCCUCUACUUGGUGUGGUGUGGUGUCUGGUCCGUCAUCAGAUGUGUUUGAGGAGGAGAAGGCGUUCGCCGAGGACAACCCCCUGCUCACCGCGCCCAACAUGCUGCUCACGCCUCACCUCGGUCAGUCACCUCAUGACACGCACAGCUCACUGCGUCUGUCUGCAAAUGGUCUGUGGGUGGUGUGUGGUUCAGGUGCGUCGACUCACGAGGCUCAGGUCAACGUGGCGGUGGACGUGGCGCAGCAGAUCAAGGACACCCUCCAGGGCAACCUACCGCAGUCCGCUGUCAACAUACCCGUAGGCAGGCCUAGAAUUGCACCUCUACGACACGGAUCCAUUCUCUUGUGUGUUAUGUGAUGUGUGUGUUGUGUGUGCAAUGGGCACAGGGAAUGCGUGCGGCCGAGCUGCAGCAAAUCCUGCCCCUCCUCAGCUGCUGCGACGACCUCGGCAAAGUCACUGUCCAGCUGCUGCAGGGCGCACUGGAAAAGGUGAUUUGACACCCACACCCACACCCUCCAACCACCACCACCCCACCCACACUCGCCUGUGUGUGUGUGUGUGUGCAGAUAACGGUCACGUUGGAGGGCGAGUACGCCAGCGAGCGCGGCGACCCCAUGCUGCUGGCGGUGGCCAAGGGCGCCCUGGCGGUGCAGCUCGACAGGCCCGUCAACUUCGUCAACGUCAAACAGGUCGCAGACACCUUCAAGGUCGCUCUCUCUGUUGCCAAAGGUGCUCACAGACAGACACACAUGAACACAGAGGGUGUCUCGUCUCGUCACUCAUGUGUGUACGUGUGUGUUGUCAGAGCCGCACCACACGAAGCCCGGCCUGCGUGUGGAGAUGAAGAGCAGGACCGAGACGGCCACUGUGCGCGGUGAGUGAAUGCAGUCACACCACACGCAUGCACCACGAUGGAUGGCAAGAGCAGAUGGCUGAUGUGCAUGUGUGUGUGUGUGUGUGUGUCAGGGACCAACACUGACGACGGGAAGGUGCUGAUGACGGCCUUCCAGGACGUGCCGAUCUACAUGCUGCUGCCUGACCUCGGCAGCAAGAAAACCUCCUUCAUCUACUCCAUGCACAGGUAGCUGAUGCCCAGCCGCAACACACACACACACGCACACACACACAGGUGUACUUGUGUUCCUCCUUCUCUCCUUCUCUGUCUCCCUCUGUCUGUGUGCAGCGAUUCGCCCGGUGUGCUGGCUAAGGUGACGGGCAUCCUGGGCAAGCACCAGCUCAACAUCGGCAACCUACACUUGGGUACCUCACACACACAUGCAGAGCACCGAUAUGUCUUGUGUGGUGAUGAUGUGGUGAUGACGUGGUGUCCCUGUGUGUCUGUCAGGUCGCAAGGCGCCCAAUUUGGGCAUCGCUAUAGCGUCGGUUGACGGCGGUGUCUCUCAGGAGGCGCUCGACGAAGUCAAGGCACUCGACACCGUCAAGGUACGCACCGACAGGACACACAGAUACAGGGCAGUCAAUGACACAGUGUGUGUGUGCAGGAGUGCAAGGUAUUCGUGGUUUAAGUGAAGAAGACCAGACCAGGCCGGGCCGGGCCGGGCCACGUGUUCGCCGGGCUCUCUCGCCUUGUUUGUUUCCUGUAAUGUGAUGCACUGACCGGGAAUGAUCCUCUCUUGUGUCGCGACAGACACACGAGGGGCUGAUUCCCGGAGGGAGCAGCACGUGACAGAAACAAGCGAGCACAGAGAGACCAGGUAGUUGCGUUUCGUCAAGUCGUUUCGUUCGCCUGUCGAUAAGGGAAUGAUAGAUCAGCCCUCCCCAUCCCAUCCAUGUCUGUCUGUGUGAGAGGGACAAACGCCCGAGGGCCUUUUUUCACGCCCUCAUGCGUGCCGACAUCCCUCUCCAUCCCUGUGUGUCUGUCUGUGUUGCCGCCACCCAUCCAUCCAUCCAUCCAUCCCGCUGCAGUUUUGCCCGGUAGUACCGUAGCCUGACACGGAGUCAGCAGUGCACUCACUCGUAGGUGCAUGUGUGUGUGCGUGUGUGCGUAAGGUGGGGUACAUCUCUAUGUGUGUGUGUGUAUGCGUGUCGGCUGGCCGACCUGGUCGGUCGAUGCCGCGCGCACAUACGGCUUUUUCACUCUCAGGGUGGGUGGAUGGAAAGAUGGUGGCUGGAGGCUGGGAGACGUUCGUGAGCAUGCGCGCUUUAUGCGACAGACAGACAGGAGGGCUCGUUUUGGGGCGGGCGGGUGGGGUGGGGUGGGCAUGUAGGUCAAUUUUCUGGGUCUGCCCAUGCGUUUCCUUGUGUGGUGCCGACAAACAGACUCUUGUAUGCCUGCGUGCGUGCGUGCGUGCGUGUGGCUGGCUGCAUUCGAGUUCAAUGGAUGGAAAAAGCGC